GGAAACUGCAGCAAGUUAGCGCAUGCGCACCAUCAUUGUUUAGUUUCCUGAUCAGCUGUAGCAAUGCACAAGCUAAAAUCAGCCCAGAAAGAGAAAGUAAAGCAGUUUAUAUCCUUCACUCAGGCGGGCGAGAAAACUGCUAUUUUCUGCCUGGCUCAGAAUGACUGGAAACUGGAACUGGCUUCUGACAACUUCUUCCAGAACCCUGACUUGUAUUACAGAGAACAGCGGCCAUCAGUCGACAAGAAGAAGCUAGAACACCUCUAUAACAGAUACAAAGAUGCGAGUGAACCGAAUAAAAUCCUGGUUGACGGUGUGAUGCGACUACUAGACGACCUGGAUUUAUCUCCCGAUUCGCGCUUAGUGCUGAUCCUUGCGUGGAAGCUGCGUGCUGCCACACAGUGUGAAUUUACGCGCGACGAAUUUAUGACGGGAUUUACCGAGCUAGGGUGUGACAGUAUAGACAAGGUCAAAAACAAGUUACCCACCUUGGAACAUGAACUUCGAGACACAGUCAAGUUCAAAGACUUCUACCAGUUCACCUUCAACUAUGCUAGGAACCCUGGCCAGAAGGGCCUGGACCUGGACAUGGCCCUGGCCUAUUGGAAUAUUGUCCUGCAGGGCCGCUUCAGACUGCUUAAUCUCUGGUGCCAGUUUCUGCAGGAACACCACAAAAGGUCCAUACCUAAGGACACUUGGAACUUACUACUAGACUUUGCCUUGAUGAUAAACGACGACAUGUCCAACUAUGACGAGGAGGGAGCGUGGCCGGUCCUAAUCGACGAUUUCGUGGAGUACGCACGACCCAUCGUCACGGGCCAUCCUACGCAAAUCUAGGGGCCGGGAGAUGCAUUUCUAGGACUCUUAUUUCAGCUCAACAACUUAGUUUUUACAAACGCAGUGUGUGGAAUGUUUGCCGUUUGGAAAAAGUGAAGCGCGAGGGCCAAGGUUCCGCAUUUGGCCACCAGGGUGCAGCGUCGCAAGAGGCGCGGCCUUUUUUUAAUUGAAUAUUCGUGGAGAAAUCGACCAGUCAUUAAAGCCAGUGGUUUCUCGAUGCUUAUACGGAAAGUCCUCAAUUUAAAAACACAUUGGGGACCUCCUGUAUAUAAUAAUAAUAUGAUAUACACAAUGCUAUAAUGAUAUACGCAAUGCUAUAAUGAUAUACACAAUACAGAAGAUUUUCAACGUGUUUGUAAGUCGAGGACGUACUGUAUAAAGACCUUUAUGAUUGGAAUUUACUAUUAAAAGAACAUUAUGCAA